AUGCACAGCUUCUGCCUUGUGGCACUCACUGGACUGGUAUGCGCCGCUUUGGCUACCGAUUACUGGAAGUACGGAAGUGCAGAAUAUGGCGGUGGUCGCCACGGCCAUGAUCACGACAAGUCGUACAACAAAGGCUAUAUGAAAGGAUUCGAGCAUGAAAGGAUACGUGUUAUAGGAUCGACAUACGGUGAUGAUCAUGGCCACGGAGCACACGGUCAUGAACAUGGCUACCACUACUAG